AUGAUUUUCGAACCAGCUGAGCGUGUGCUGCUCCCUACAAAAGACCUGUUGUCUUUCAUCUUUGAUGAUCCACCAUACGACCAAGACCUACCAAUCUAUGUCGAUGCGAAAAACCCGAGUCGUUCAAUCUCCUGCAACCAAGCGCGCCUUAAGAUCAGAAAGCUCAUUGCCGGUCUACGAGCUGCUGGUCUUCGCAGAGGGGAUUGUGUUCUCAUUCACUCUUUCAAUGACAUCAACUACAGCAUCUUGGUGCUGGCCAUUAUUGGUGCAGGUGGAAUCUUCACCGGCUCCAAUCCUGCGUACACGCCCAAUGAACUUGCGCAUCAUGUCAAAGCGGCAGAAUGCAAAUUUCUGAUCUCCGAGCCAGAAAUCUUACACAAUCUUCUUACAGCAGCCAAGAAAGUAGGUAUCCAGAAGGAAAACGUGUGGAUAUUUGACAAUGUGGAACAAGCUGUCCCGCCCGGCCACAAAUCCUGGAAGGCCUUAAUGGACCACGGCGAAGAAGACUGGGUGCGAUUCAAUGAUUUGAGAAUUGCGGAGACGACUACCGCUGCGAGACUGUUCAGCAGUGGAACGACUGGUCUACCAAAGGCUGCCAUGAUUACCCACUAUAAUUUGAUUGCACAACACGAGCUUGUCAUUGGACUUCACCCUCGUGAUUUUCAGAUUUCGCGAAUCAUCGCUGUUCCUGUCUUCCAUGCAUCGGCAGCCCCUGUGACCCAUAUCUCCACCUUGAAGGCAGGACAACAGGCUUACAUGAUGCGAAGAUUUGACCUCGAGCAGUAUUUGGUUUCUGUGGAAAAGUACAACAUUACUGAUCUUGCAAUGGUACCACCCAUCGUCAUUGCAAUUUUGAUGGCUCCCAUCUCGCAGAAAAGACCAUUCUUGAAAAAGGUUCGGGCGGCGGCCUGCGGAGCGGCUCCCCUAGAUAAAGAUGUCCAAGCUCGGUUCCGAUCAAUGAUCGGAGAUGGGUCUCCCUUUGUGCAAGUAUGGGGCAUGACAGAAACAUCGUGUGUUGCGACCAUGUUUCCAUAUCCAGAGCAUGAUGAUACUGGGCUCAUUGAUGACGAAGGUCGCAAUAUAUCUGCCUAUGGCGUCCGCGGAGAGCUGUGCGUACGAGGAUCGACAGUCACGCCAGGAUACUACAAGAAUCCCGAAGCGAACGCUGACUCAUUUGACUCGGAAGGGUGGUACAAAACGGGGGACAUUGCGUACUGCGAUGAAGCCACCCGAAAGUGGUACAUUGUUGACCGAAAGAAGGAGCUCAUCAAGGUAAGGGGGUUCCAGGUUGCACCACCUGAGCUAGAGGCGGUUCUACUUUCCCACCCUCAGAUCAUUGAUGCGGCAGUGAUUGGGAUUACCAUCCCAGAGGUUGAUAAUACCGAGCUUCCCCGUGCCUAUAUAGUGCGACGCCCCGGAAGUGCAGGGGAAGAACUUACUGAGCAGGAUGUUCAGAAGUUUGUGUUGGAGCGACUGGCACGUUUCAAGGCGUUGACGGGUGGAGUGAAAUUCGUUGGGUCUAUUGCAAAGAACCCAAGCGGAAAGAUUCUCAAGCGAGUCCUCAGAGAGGAUGCAAAGAAGGAAAUUGAGGCUGGCAUUAUUAAGCCCAAACUAUGA